GGAAGUCUAAACCUUCUACAGAUUUGGGGCCAUGAGAGGAGCAUCUCUGAAGAAACUUUGUAGUGCACAAAGGGGUAUUUAUGGAGUGCAACAACUAUUCCUAAGUUCAAUUAAACUAUGAUGCCUGAAAAUCACCACCCUGAAGAAUACAGGAUUGCAUCACUGGUCUUCUACAGUUUUGUAUUCACAGUGGGACUGCUGGUGAAUGCCACUGCACUAUGGGUUUUCAGCUGCACUACCAAGAAGAGAACAACUAUAACUGUAUACAUGAUGAACGUGGCAUUACUUGAUAUAAUUUUUAUAUUUUCCUUGCCUUUUCGGAUAAUCUACCAUGGGAAAGAAAUGUGGCCUUUUGGAGAUACAUUCUGUCGGAUUAUUGGUGCUUUCACUGUAUUUUAUCCAGCCAUUGCUCUGUGGUUGCUCGCUUUUAUAAGCGUAGACAGAUUUAUGGCUAUUGUCCAGCCCAAACAUGUUAAAGAACUAAAAAAUAUAAAAAAAGCUGUGCUAGCUUGCAUUGGAAUCUGGGUAAUGACCCUUGCAACAACAUCCCCAUUGCUGUUUUUGCGAUCUGAUCCAGACAAAGCCUCGAAUUUUACCACCUGCAUGAAAAUGCUUGAUAUCAUCCACUUAAAGGAAGUAAAUACAUUGAACUUUUCUCGCUUGAUCUUUUUCUUUUUGAUACCCUUGUUUAUCAUGAUGGGGUGUUACCUAAUCAUUAUUUACAAUUUUAUCCAUGGCAAGACUUCCAAACUGAAGCCUAAGGCCAAGGAGAGAUCCAUAAGAAUUAUAGUUACUCUGAUUGCUCAGGUACUCAUCUGUUUUGUGCCCUUCCACAUUUGCUUCACCUUCCUGAUGUUGCAAGAUGAAAAUACAACGUACAGUCCUUGGGCAGCCUUUACCACCUUUCUCAUGAAUCUCAGUACAUGCUUGGAUGUUAUCCUGUACUAUAUUGUUUCUAAACAAUUCCAGGCAAGAGUCAUCAGUGUAAUCCUUUAUCGCAAUUACCUUCGAAGUGUGCGCAGGAAAAGUUUGCGAACUGGAAGUGUAAGAUCACUCAGUAAUAUGAACAGUGAAAUGAUAUAAAAAGAGAAAAAAUGUCAGGAGACUUUUCCAAUGUAAAUGAGCGAUUCUUUUCCUAUAUUCUUGCAUUUUGACUACACAUAAGAAUGUUCUAGCCCAGAAGUAACAGAUAUAUUUGUUGCACUGCAAAAAUAAGAGCAGCAGAAUAAUAACUGCACCUCUCUGUAUUUGCUCAGCAUCUUUUGUUUCACCUGAAAUGAACUAAAACCUAGUCAGCAUUAAACUUUCCAAUGCUUCUGUCAUCUCAAAAGACUGUGAACAUUGUCAGACAUGAAAAUGUGAUGAUUAGUACAAUAAAGCAGAUAACA